AUGUCUAAGAAGUUCGAGAUGUCAGAUCUAUGUAAGCUAACGUACUACCUUGGCAUAGAGGUGAUUCAAGGAGCAGACGGAAUCAGAAUAAAACAAGAAAGAUAUGCUCAAGGAAUCCUGUGUGACACGAAGAUGGAAGCGUGUAACACAACUCAAAUUCCAAUGGAGUCGAAUUUGAAGAUCUCAAAAGCUGAAGAUGAACGAGAGAUAGAUGCUACCGAGUUCAGAAGAAUCAUAGGAUGUUUGAGGUAUCUGCUUCACACAAGACCCGACUUGUGUUAUGCAGUAGGUGUUCUUAGCCGAUACAUGCACAAUCCGAGAGACUCUCACGGACAAGCCAUCAAGCACAUAUUGCGGUAUGUGAAAAGAACAACAAACUACGGUCUGUUCUUCAAGAGAGAUGGGUCAAGGAGUGUCGUUGGUUAUAGUGACAGCAACAGCAGUCACAACAUUGAUCUCGAUAACGGGAGGAGCACGUCAGGUCAUGCAUUCUACUACGGUUCAUCACUGAUCACUUGGACAUCGCAGAAGCAACAGACAGUUGCAUUGUCAUCAUGCGAAGCAGAGUUCAUGGCAGUAACAGAAGCAGCGAAGCAAGCUAUAUGGAUCAUGGAAUUGUUGAGUGAGAUACGAAGCAAAGAAGGCGAGAAGGUCAAGCUUAGGAUCGACAACAAAUCAGCCAUUGCUAACCAAGAAUCCAGUUUUCCAUGGAAGGAGUAA